GACGUACCGUUGCCCGCAGGCCAGGCGGCAGCGGCGGCAGCAGAUGGAGCAGGCAGAGCUGGAACGAUGCUCUCUUCUGGCACUGCUGCUCUGCUCCCACCCCUUCCUCACUUCCCCCCCUCUCCAUCUCCUCUCCCUCAUACACUAUCAGGACGUAUCGCCGCCGGCAAGUCAGGCGGCAGCGGCGGCAGCAGGUGGAGCAGGCAGAGCUGGAAAGGUGGAUGGCGAUUCUCCUCGAGAGGCAGCAGCAGACCGCAUCACCUCCUCCUCUCCUCCCCCUUAUUCCCCAUCAGGACGUACCGGCGCCGGCAAGCCAGGCGGCAGUGGCGGCAGCAGUUGGAGCAGGCAGAGGUGGAAAGGUGGAUGGCGAUUCUCCUCGAGAGGCAGCAGCAGACCGCAUCACCUCCUCCUCUCCUCCCCCUUAUUCCCCAUCAGGACGUACCGGCGCCGGCAAGCCAGGCGGCAGUGGCGGCAGCAGUUGGAGCAGGCAGAGCUGGAAAGGUGGAUGGCGAUUCUCCUCGAGAGGCAGCAGCAGACCGCAUCACCUCCUCCUCUCCUCCCCCUUAUUCCCCAUCAGGACGUACCGGCGCCGGCAAGCCAGGCGGCAGCGGCGGCAGCAGUUGGAGCAGGCAGAGCUGGAACGAUGGAUGGGGAUUCUCCUCGAGAGACAGCAGCAGACAGCAGGAACAGGAGGAAUGGGAGCAGGAGGAAGAGCAGGAGCAGCAGGAACAGGAGCAGCAGGAACAGGGGCAGCAGGAACAGGGGCAGGAGUAA